AUGACGAACAAUUGUGAUUUAAAUAAGUUAUUGUGGGAAGUGAUUAUAGGUGCAAUUCAUGACAAGAGACCCAAUGUAUCUGUUGCGGAUUUAUCAUUAUAUGCAGGACAAUGGUUAAAGAAUGUUCCAUAUAGAAAACAAGAUGAUGGAAGUUACGGAAGACAUAUUGUGACGUCUCCACCGGAAGUGGAUCGGUACGCGGCAAUUAAAGAACGUCUCACCACCGUAUUGGGCAAGACCAGCGCUUCGCGAUUGCGGAAAUUACUAACCGCGCAUGAGUUAGGAGACGACAAAUCAUCCAUCCUCCUACAGAAAAUGCGUAAUCUCGCGGAAGGGCAGGUGACCGACGGGGUCCUGCGCACGAUAUUUCUCGAGCAACUCCCCGAAAAUGUUCGCGCCAUUUUAUCCAUAUCCGAAGUAGGCGACUUGAGCAGGUUAGCCAACCAGGCUAACAAAAUAUUAGACAUGGCAAAACCCGCCAUGUUGGCCGUCCAGCCAGUCACCGCUGAGACAGGAGUGCUCAGCAAGAUGGCCACCGAGAUCGCCACUCUAACCAAACAGAUGGCGGCCUUGAACAAGCGGAUCGGAAGCCGGUCGCGUAGCAGAUCACGAAGACGCAGCGGAUAUAGAGACCAAUUGAGGAGCAAAUCUCGCGGCAAGGAAGAUAACAAAUUUUGUUUUUAUCACUGCGGAUUUGGAGCCAGAGCCUAUAAGUGCGAAAGCCCAUGCGCGUGGAAGGACGAAAAAAAGUCGGAAAACUAA